CCCUAGCUAGCCUCCUCUCGGGAAUCUCAGCCGUCCGAUGCGGGGCUACAAAACGAAACCGACCGACAGACACCGACCGAGCAAAACCUUUCGCCGCGCAGCCACCUAAACCCCUCUCCUCCCCCUUCCUCUCCCGCCGCCGCCGCGCGCGCGAGCCGGCGGCCAUGGCGCCCGCGGCCGCCACCAUCCGCGACCUGCUCACCUCCUUCAGCCCCGCCGCGGACUUCCUCGCCCUCUCCUCUGGCGACGGCCGCAUCAAGGUAUGGGACGCCGUGCGCGGCCACCUUCAGACCGAGUUCGCUGAUAUCCCGCCGGUGGAGGUGGGCGGCGGCGCGCGCGCCCCCGGGGCGAAGCGCGGUCACCUCGCACUGGACUACACCUGCAUGAAGUGGGUACAGCUAUCGAGCAAGAAGAAGCGGAAGGCAGGGAGUUCGCUGCUGGUGCUUGGCACUGGCAGUGGAGAUGUCCUUGCACUUGAUGUCGCCGCAGGGCAGUGGAAGUGGAGGGUCACUGAUUGCCACCCUGGGGGUGUCACAGCUGUAGCCUACUCGAAGCAUGGGCGAAGUUUGUACACCGGAGGCACUGAUGGCAUGGUCUGUAGGAUCAAUGCCUCAGAUGGCUCUGUUGUAGAGAAAUUUAAAUCUUCAUCAAAAGCAAUUUCUGCAUUAGCUGUGUCACCAGAUGGGGAGAUUUUAGCAACAGCUGCUGGCCAGUUGAGGACCUUUGAUGCUUCUGAUAACAAGAAGAUUCAAAAAUUCUCUGGCCAUCCAGUAGCUGUGAGGAGCAUGGUUUUUAGUGGUGAUAGCCAAUAUGUUCUGUCAUCUGGAGUUGGGGAACGCUAUGUUGCCAUUUGGAAGUUGGGUAGUGGUAAAACUCAGAGUUCAAGCUGUAUACUCUCUAUGGAGCAUCCAGCGAUCUUUGUGGACUGUAAAUGUUCAGACAUUAAUGAUACAGAAGGAGAAAUACAUGUGUUGGCUAUUUCUGAGAUUGGUGUCUGCUACUUUUGGUCUGGGACUAAUAUGGAUGACCUGCGUAAUAAGAAGCCCACUAAAAUUGCAUUGUCUGAUUCCUCUCUUUCAAGAUCUAAGCAAGGUUUUGCAAUAUUUGCCGCAAAACUGCAAGGAAUAGAUGGCCCUAAUUCUGCACAUGUUCUGCUGGCUUAUGGAUCUGUGGUGAAACCGUCUUUUGACAAACUGUUGGUUCGUUAUGGCAUGGAUAUUAGUUUGGGUGUAUCUGAUGAUGGAGUUCUCUUACCCAUGAUUCAACCCACAAAGCCUCAGAAAGGCCAAUCUGCUAAAAAGCAAGGAAUUAUAACGGCUCUAGACCGUGCUAAUGCAGAAGAUGCAAUCCUUCCUCUCCCACAGCUCCAUACGCAGGAAAAGAAAAGGAAACAUAAUGCAACAGAAUCCAGUGGUGACAUCCAGUCUGCACCUCAUAGUGACCUUAGUUCUACAAAAUUGAUUGAGAAAAGAGCUCCUAUGCAAAGAAUUGAAGAUGACAGUGUAUGCAUCGAAGACAUGAUGCGGAAGUGUGGAGUUAUUGAUUCUAGAGUUGAUCAGGGCAUGGAAGGUCAUCCUAGCAUACCCACUAGUAUUUUAUCUGAUCUAUUUGGCAGCAGCAGUAAAAUCGAUGCUAAUUUACCCAACAAGAAGAUUCGAGCACAUCUAAGAUCCUUGAAGCCUGGAGAUGCUUGCGAACUUUUAGAAAAAUUAGUAUCUUCAUGGAAAACAAGAUCUGGUAGUGCAGAGGUUGUUUUGCGGUGGAUAUACUGCUUAUUAAUUAUCCAUGGUCGUUUUAUCCCCUUUGAGAAAUCUAAAAAAAUAAUUAGCGACCUUGAGAAGAUGUGUGGGGAAAGAUACAAAGCAGCUGAAGAUUUACUGAAGCUUUCUGGUCGUCUUCGAUUGCUCAUGGCUCAGAUCGUCAAGGAUCCAAACGAUGUUUCUGAGCUUCCAUCAGAGGAGAUGCAGGAUUCAGCGGCUGCUCAGUCUGAUGAAGAGGAGGAAGAUGAUGAAAUUGAUGAAACGGUGUAUGGUGAAGACGCUGAUUCGUCUCAAACAAGUGAUGACGACGCUGAAUAGAAACACUGAGACUAAGCGUAGCAUUCUUAUGAUGUGUUGUUUUAUAUUCAAACUUGAUUACCCCGUAGUCAGGUUUGUAUGACUAAGCAACCCCGAAGGGUUGCGCAGAAUUUUGACGAGGCGAAGCAUCCUCUGAAUUUCACCUCGGUGUUUCUCCCCUGCCUUCACCUUUUACCACAACACGGCAUUAAGACCGAGCUAAAGCUCAUAUGCCGUGGUUAACUA